CGCAGGAGGCGAGCCACGGGACGCUGACAAGCGACGAGGAGCGAGCUGAGCUCAAGGGUCCUCGGCCCUGGCCGCCUGGACCCGGCCUCUAGGGCUGCGCGGGCGGCCGUCGAGAGUGACCGCACUCCGACACUCGGGGCUCGCCGCCGGAAGACGCCAAAUUUCGGCCCGCGCCUCGCCUCUCUGCAUUGCUGACCCCCAGCGUCGGCGCGUGGGUGGGCGGUGGGGGCGGAGCUCGCCCUCCUGGGCCGCUGAUUGGCUGUCUCCGCUUCCCUUUCACCUUCCUUGCUGCGAAGUUCAGGUGUGACGGGACCGCGGCCUGCGAGCCCGCCGCUGUCUGAGAGGUUGCGGUUUGCUCUCCCAGGGAGGCGUUAAUCUCGUCCAGGCUUCUGCGGCAGCGCCCCACCAGCCCAGUUUCCGGAAAUAGUUUGGGUUUAUAUUAUUUUCUCGGACGGUGGAAGAUGUUGGCAUUUAUGUUCUCUUCUACACGAAUGUUUUGCUGGCAACUUAAAUGACUAUUUUUCUCAAAAAUGCGAGAUAUUUUCUUCCCCAGGUGUUCGUACUGUUAUUUUUCAUGACAGAUCUUGACCACAAUACAUACAAAAAAUACAUAGAGAUGAUAACUAAUAUAGUUAUAUUGAGUCUGAUCAUUUGCAUUUCUUUAGCUUUCUGGAUUAUGUCUAUGACUGCAAGCACCUAUUAUGGUAACUUACAGCCUAUUUCUCCUUGGCGUUGGCUGUUUUCUGUUGUUGUUCCUGUUCUGAUCGUCUCUAAUGGCUUUAAAAAGAAAAGUCUAAAUCAUACUGGGGCUUUAGGAGGGCUCGUGGUUGGAUUUAUCCUAACUGUUGCAAAUUUCAGCUUUUUCACCUCUUUGCUGAUGUUUUUUCUUUCUUCCUCAAGACUCACUAAAUGGAAGGGAGAAACAAAGAAACGUCUAGAUUCAGAAUACAAGGAAGGUGGGCAGAGGAAUUGGAUUCAGGUAUUCUGUAAUGGAGCUGUGCCCACAGAGCUGGCCCUGCUAUACAUGAUAGAAAAUGGCCCUGGGGAAAUCCCAAUAGAUUUUUCCAAGCAGCACACUGCUUCUUGGAUGUGUUUGUCUCUCUUGGCUGCACUGGCCUGCUCUGCUGGAGACACAUGGGCUUCAGAAGUUGGCACUGUUCUGAGUAAAAGCCCACCGAGGCUGAUAACAACCUGGGAGAAAGUUCCAGUAGGGACCAAUGGAGGAGUUACGAUGGUGGGCCUUGCCUCCAGUCUCCUUGGUGGGACCUUUGUGGGCAUUGCAUACUUCCUUACGCAGUUGGUUUUCGUUAAUGAUUUAGACAUUUCUGCUCCUCAGUGGCCAAUUAUUGCAUUUGGGGGUCUGGCUGGAUUACUAGGAUCAAUUGUGGAUUCGUAUUUAGGAGCUACCAUGCAAUUUAGUGGUUUGGAUGAAAGCACUGGCAUGGUGGUCAGCAGCCCAGCAAAUGAGGUGAAGUACAUAGCAGGGAAACCUAUUCUUGAUAACAAUGCCGUGAAUCUGUUUUCUUCUGUCCUUGUCGCCCUCUUGCUCCCAACAGCAGCUGCUUGGGGUUUUUGGCCCAGACAGUGAAUUUUAUUUCAUUUACAAAAGUUAAAACUUCGGUAAAUUCAGCUAAAUUUGCAAUUCCAAGUUUCAUCCCAAGAAGAGUAAUUGUAAUGACAAAGCAGAAAUGCCAGCUUCUCCUCUAUUCCAUUGCAAUGGAACUCCACGUUUUCCUCUCUGAACUCCAUUGUAACAACUAAUAUCCUUUUGGUGAAAGACAAGGCUCAUAGAAUUUAUUCAUAUUUUUCUUCUGCUGAAUGGAACUUGAGCCAUGAAACUAUAAUGUCCCUAUAUAGUUAACUGAAAGUUCCUGCAUGGUAGAUAUAAAUUUUGUUUUGUUUGUUUAAAUCAGUAAAGGGACUAAAAGUGAUAAAAUUUUUAAAUGGCUCAGUUGUGGCAGAGAAAUGUCACCAUGCCAAUUAUCCAAAUGUUGUAUCUGUUUUAAGUAUUUAAACCGAUGUGUGUGGAAGCCUGAACAAGUGUAGCAUCCUGGACUUCUCCCAUUACUUGCCAUUUAUUAUUGUAAAAAGUGUGGAGUUUAGUUCCUGGUGAGCUGCGAAGUCUACUCCAUGUUUGUUCUUCCUUCCUCAGGGUUAGUGAUGAAAAAAAGUAAAUGUCUUUUUCAUGUGACCAUUAGAAUGCAUGAAAAAAAUUUAUUUUUAGGUAAAGGAAAAGAGAUAUAUCUUAUGUCUAAAAAAUAUGCACCUUACUAUAUGUUUUAGUUUGUCUCUGAGCAGAAAUUAUCCUGAAUUUAAUAUUUUUAAUGUAUUUUCUAGCUUUCUUUGAAAUUUGUCUAGGAAUCUGAUUUACAUUGGCAUCUUGACCAGUUAAAGAGUCACUGGAAAAUUAUUGCAAUUAUUAUUUCAUUUGCUGUCCUAGAAUUCACUGGAAAAUGCUAUGAUUUCCUAUUACGUACCUUCUAAGUUGUGCUGUCCUUUACAUAUAGCCUCAACCAAAGUGAGUUCUACUUUUCAGUUUUGUUCUUCACUUUGAUGUAUGUAGUAAAGGGGUUUAACAUAGUAUGGAUUAUUGUGCUAAAGUAUUUUGAAAUAUUUCUCAUGUGAUUUCCAUACCUUUCUUCCCCUUCCCCUUUUGCAUUCAUAGAAAAAUUGACGAGAGAUUGCAUGAAUAAGCCACUGUCAGAGUGGAGAAAGCUUUAUUUUCUUUGUUGGUGACCCUGCUACAGUGAUUAUCUAGAAAUGACUUGGUUCAGGAAGAAUUUUUUAAAAAACAGUUGACACACUUAAGCCUUAAGCCAAGAAACUCAGUGGGUCGCAACCCAUCUGCUUUGUGUAUGUAUACAUUGGCAUCACCUGAGCAUCUUUAAAAAAAAAUACUUGUGUGCAGGGCUUCCCUGGUGGCGCAGUGGUUGAGAGUCCGCCUGCCGAUGCAGGGGACCCGGGUUCGUGCCCCGGUCUGGGAAGAUCCCACAUGCCGCGGAGCGGCUGGGCCCGUGGGCCAUGGCCGCUGGGCUUGCGCAUCUGGAGCCUGUGCUCCGCAGCGGGAGAGGCCGCAGCGGUGAGAGGCCCGCAUAUCGCAAAAAAAAAAAAAAAAAAAAUUUGUGUCUGGGCUUCACCCAAAGAUUGUGUCUGGUCUGGGGUACAGCCUGGGUACUGGGACUUUUUAAAACUCUGGCUGCCCGUUAGAGUCAUGUAGGGAGUUUUUUAAAACACUGUUGUCAAGGCUCCUUUCUAGACCAAGUAAAUCAAAAUGUCUGAAAGUGAGACCCAUGCAUGGGUCAUUUUUAGAAAGCUCCCUCCCUGGGAUAGUCUAAUGUUUAAACAGGUUGAGAACUACUAAAUAAGAAUAUCCGUACACAAAUGUCAAAUCAUUGUGUUGUACUCCUGAAACUAAUGUUGUAUGUCAAUAAAAAAAAGAUAAAAAAGAAAAGAAUAUCCUAUACCUAAAAGUCUCAAAAGAGUGGGAAUUUUCAUUUUUAUGCAGACAACUAUUAGCAGCAGUGCCGUAUGCUGUCUUUAUGGAUGGAUAGCUUCUGGUAAUUAUACAGUCUUACAGCUACAUCACUUACCAGAUCAUUCCUGCGGCAGUUUUUUGUGCAGCCUCUUUACUCCUACAGCUGUUCUAACAUGCCUCUUUUCUCUUUUCCUGGAGAUUCAUCCUCAUGACAUACUUUGAGGCAAAAAUACUCAUUGGAGCCAUUUGGGGUUUGGUAGAAUCACCACAUCAGUAACAGUUUGGGGACAUACUGCUUCACAAUCCUUUGUUUGAAAACCUAGAGCUAGUUGUGUUUUGGAAUCAAAAUUUUUCAGAUUUUAGAAAAAUGAUAGGGUACUUAUAAAAUAUUUUACUUAAAAAUCCCAAAAGAGGGCUUCCCUGGUGGCGCAGUGGUUGAGAAUCUGCCUGCUAAUUCAGGGGACACGGGUUCGCGCCCUGGUCUGGGAGGAUCCCACAUGCCACCGAGCAACUAGUCCUGUGAGCCAAAACUACUGAGCCUGCGCGUCGAGCCUGUGCUCCACAACAAGAGAGGCCGCGAUAGUGAGAGGCCCGCGCACCGUGAUGAAGAGUGGCCCCCGCUUGCCACAACUACAGAAAGUCCUCGCACAGAAAUGAAGACCCAACACAGCAAAAAUAAAUAAAAUUAAUUAAUAAACUCCUACCCCCAACAUCUUCUUUAAAAAGAAAACAAAACAAACAAAAAUUCCCCAAAGAGUCUAGGAUGGCACCCAUUAUCAAAUACACUAAUAUUUCUGUGGUGAGUAUAUGAAUACCACCAGUAAGUGUGUUAACUAAAGACUAUGAGAGCCUCAGAUCAGGUCAGAUCAGUUUUUGUUGCAGAAUUUAGGAAGAAACUUUCUGUUUUCAGAGCAUUUUUGGAUAUGAUAACUGUAGAUUUUUUUUUAAUUAAACACUUUUUAAAAAAACUUAUAUGUAUCUUACUGAAACAGUAAACAGUUUGUGUAAAAAACACUUUUCAUGGAAAGAGCUCCAUGUAGCUAUAUAAUAAAAUAAUAUGUACUACUGCCUACCUAGGCAGCUUACAGGCAUAUAUACUACUUCUUGCUAUACUGUCACACAGGAGAAAAGAGCAAGGUGUAUGUGGCUCAGGGCAGCUCCCGAAGGAGAUCUUUGAAGACUUGUCAAAUGGAGCCAGCAGAACAGUGAACUGCUACAACAGGUCAUUCCAUUCCUAGCUUUUCUCAUUACUUGAGUUAUCUAUGCCUCAGCCUAGGGGCAUAUGUCUCUUUCUUAUGUCUAGCUGCUUUACAUGUAGGAUGCUGGCUUCAGAAGUGCCAACCUCAUCCCAAUUAGGUAGAGGCCUAGUAUAGAGAAAAAUCAUGUGCGGUGACAUAUUGCAGACUUUGCCACAUGCCUGCAAUAUGAACAGCUGCCUCAUGUUUGCACAGUGGGUGACCUGGAGCCCCCAUCAUCUCAUGUUCCUGAUGCCAUCGCAACGAGAAAAGACUGUACUUAGCUACCAAAUCCCAGGUGGCUUGCACUUGGUUUAAACAUGAAAACACAAUUAUGCAGCUUAACUAUGGAGUACUGUUGCUAUAACUCCAAGUGGAACAUUUGGAAACCGACCUGAACAUUUUUAAAAUAUGUAGGUGUUUAAUAUAUGUUUGUUCGUUAAGUUGUUUGACGCUAAUCAGUUCUCCCUUUAAGAAUCACUGAAAGGGCCUCCCUGGUGGCGCAGGUGGUUGAGAGUCCGCCUGCCGAUGCAGGGGAUGCGGGUUCGUGCCCCGGUCUGGGAGGAUCCCAUAUGCCGCAGAGCAGCUGAGCCUGCGCGUCCGGAGCCUGUGCUCCGCGAAGGGGGAGGCCACAACAGUGAGAGGCCCGCAUACCGCAAAAA